ACUGUCAACAUUUAUCCAUGUAUAAGAAGUUGUAAAACUUUAUUAAAAAUAAAUAACUUAAACCUUAUAAUUACCUAUCUACCCUCGAGUUAUUUUUUAAUUCAUAUUCCAUACUCAUAACACAGCACACGCACAUGUGCACCAUAUAAAACACGAGAACAGCUAAAACUCGAAAACAAUGAGUUUUGUUGAUCUGGCUACGCUAGCAAUGCACCGACGGCAGGAAAUGGAGGCGAGGAUUCAAGUUUUUCUUGAAAAAUGUGAUCAUGCCAUACAUGAUAUAUACAAAUUAAAAGUUCAGGCACAAGGUUUUGUGGAGCAAUUAAACUGUGAACCAUCAGAACUGAAGGAGCGCUUCUUGAAUUGUAUGCAACAUCUGGAUGAAUACACAUAUCUCAUUACUGAUUUUAACCUUGCCGUUGGGAAAUUAGAUGAGACAAUCAAUACAGAUCUAACACCAGUACUUGAUACAAGUAAGAAGUUAGUGCCGACCUCAGCAGCAUUCAAUCUCAUGGACACAUUGAGUGAACCUACACCAUCCACAUCCACAGCCUGCCCCAAUCUUUGCCCUGUUGAGAAGCCAAAAAAGAAGAAGGCAAAAGAAGAAGAUCUCCUCAUAUCUUUUUCUAGUGUUUCUUGCUCCACUGAAAGUGUUCCUAUCGGUAAUGAUAGCUUGGAGAGGGAGGUACUUAUAGUACAGAAUGAUUUAAAUAAUAUUAAGUUAGAUGAAUCAAUGACAAAUGCAAUAGAAAGUUGUAAUCUACCAGCACAAACAUUACUCCAAGUUGAUGAGGUAUACCAAGGGUCCAUAGUUCAUAUAGAUGGACUAAGCUUAUGGGUGAUAACUGAUGGUAUUGACGAUGUUUACAACUUAAUGACAGACAUGACUGAAUACUAUAAAGGAAACCAAAUUGAGCUUAGUUUGGAGCAAGUAAAGUCGUUAAUAUAUUGUGCUGUUUACGAAGAGAAGACAGAAGCUUUCUACCGUGGGCUCUUUAUUAGAAUUUCAGAGGAUGACACAAACACAGCGGAGGUGUAUCUGGUGGACACGGGAGAGACGCAGCUAGUGGCGAUAACAUCGUUGCAGCCGUUGCUCUCUGUAUUCUGUGACAAACCGCCAAUGGCUCGGUGCUGCCAUCUAGCUGGGGUUGACCUCUUGGAUUGCAACAACAAAGAACUUCUUAAAAGACAGGAAAUAUUCAUGGAAGACUUUAUCGGCCAAGCGUGCAGCAUCAUAGUUGAUGAUAACACUUCGGAAUCUCUUGGUGUGUAUGUGGUGUUACAAUCAAAGAAUACACUAAACGAUUUGGUAGUUGAAAAUGGAUUUGCAGUUAAAAUUGACAACAGCACUACAAAGAGCUCUGCUCCAUCAAAAGUGGUUGCGGAUGUGUUAGAUGCUGACAUAGAUAUCACUCAGUGUCCGGAGUAUGAGGACCCUGUUGAAGCUGUAACUGGUUACCAUAAUCGAGACGAAGCUGAUAUAUGCAUGCACUACAAGGGGGGGCCGGAGAAGGUUUGCUUCAAAGGUGCCAGGUGCAAAAAGCGACACGUUGUGAAACACCCCGACGGGUGGACGCUGGACCGCGUGGCGGUGGCGGGCAAGGUGCGCGCGCCGGCGCUGCCGGCGCCGGGCGCGUGGCUGCGCGUGCGCGUCACCUGGGUCGUGCACUACGACCACUUCUACGUGCACCUGCCCACCGAUGCGCGACCCGAAUCAUUACCGAGUUUCGGUGUGGUGCUGCCUCCGACGACGCUAGCUGCCCUAGUCCGGGAUAUGAACAGCCCGGCUACCAAAUUAGCGUAUAAACCUCUGAAGACUACGCCAGCACCAGGUGAGCUGGUGGCGGCUCUGUACCCGUUGGACGACCAGUGGUACCGCGCCAGGGUAAUAUCUGCCACGCGCACUGAUCAAUGUGUACAGGUGAUGUACAUAGACUACGGCACGGUGGUGUGGGUGAAGGAGGACGCGGUGCGCGCGCUCGAGCCGCGCUUCCUGGCGCUGGGCGCGCAGGCCGCGCGCUGCGCGCUCGCCGGCGUCGCCGUGCGCUCCGCCGCGCCCGCCGCGCUCGCCGCCGCGCGCCGCGCGCUCUCCGCGCUGCUGCUCGACCGCUCGCUCGACGCGCACGUGCUUGCACGUAAUUACGACGAAAUCACCGUGGAGCUGUUCGACGACAACGGCUACAGCAUAGCGGAGAUACUCGCCCAACAGAAAGUUGUUGAAUUGCGAGAGUUCGAAAUGGAGGACGACAAGGGGAUACAACAAAAAAUUGUUGUACCAUGAUCCGUUUAUAUAGCUAUCACUUUAAAUAAAAAUGAUUUAAAAAAAUCUCAACAACUAAAUUAUUACGUAACUGUUUUUUAUCUGGUGACAAUUCUAAAAUUUGUUUUCGCCACAUACACGUGCACGCGUUUGCAUUUAUUUGGAAUGUCACUUAACCUACUCUAAUAUUUAUUGUUAUAUGCACAUAUAAAUUUUCUUUCUUCUUUAUUUUUACCCAGUGUAAUAAGCUUUUUAUAUUAUUAAUAUUGUUUUUUUUUUAGAGUAUAAGAAUUGUUUUAAGUGUAAAUUGAUAAGCUUAGUUUAGAUCGUGAUUGCAUUAUUUUGUAUUCUACUUAAAAUACCUCAAUUAUUUAAUACUAGCCGCGCCCCGCGGUUUCUGCGGUUAUCUGCGUACCUAAUUUCAUUGCAAUCGAAUUAGUAGUUUUUGCGUGAAAGAGUUGUUGCUCUACACACACACAUCCUUACAAACGUUCGCAUUUAUAAUAUUAGUAUGAAGGAUAGGUAUUCUACGAAUGACUAAUAUAUAAAACGUGAGUUUGUAUGAAUGUUUGGAUGUAUUGUUACUCUUUUCACGCACAAUCCACUGAACGGAUUUUGAUGAUAAUAGCAGUGAUGUAGCUUAUAUACCAAUGUAACAUAAGUUUUGAAAUACUCGCUUUUGCUCGUGGGGUAAACCGCGCGGCAAAACUAGUCGAUAUAUUUAUACCUACUCCAUUGCAAUACGAACAUUAAGUGUAAGGAAAGUUGGUGCUUUGUUGUAAGUAGUUUUCAAAUUAUAAAUAAAAUAAAAAUUGUAUA